GAUUGUGCGAAAAGCGUGUGCGUUUCUGCGGCCGUCAUGUUGUUGGUGCGUUGCUUUCGGCUAAUGUCGCUGGUGAAUCGUUUUGACUCGUUAAGUCACACAUACGUGAGCAGACAUUGAAAAAUAAGCGUAGACUCGCAGUGUCGAUUUUGAUGUGUGUCUCUAAACGGCGACGUCGUCUACAGACUUCGAGUGUUGUGCCUUGCGGCGUACUCUUGGCGAGGUGAAGCCACGAGCGUCGAGGGAAAACCACGCAUCGUGAGCGAGCCAUGCAGGGUGUCCAGGUGACAUCGUCGCCAGCCAAGUCUUACACCAUCAAGGACAGGAUUGCCCAAAUCUACUACAAGCAUGGCCUCUACUGCUCCAGCCACCCACUCACGCUCAUCAUAUUUGCAAUCUUCACCUUCAUGGUGGCCUGCUACCCGUUGUUACACAUCCCGCCUGGGAGCUCUUCACAGCAGUUUGCCACACCGAUCUCAGUCUACAGCGCCGAGCUCGACGCCGAUUCUCAGAGAAUUGGCCCUCGUUGGUUCCAGGGUCCACCCGUGGCAUAUGUGCAGCAGGUAGUGGUGAAGGCAGCUGUGUCACCAUGGCAACCAAAUCUCCUGCUUAUGGAUGCCUUCCGCUCCCCACUUGCUGAAUCUUUUCGCAUCACAGAGAUUGUGGGGAAUCACCAGUUCACGGACAGCAAUGGAACAAAGCACACGCUUCAGGACGUGUGCCUUCAGGUGUCCGAGCCUAAGGACAAAGUGGCUGCGGCCUCACUUCCUCAGUAUGGCUGCCUCGUCCUGUCACCUACAUAUGUCUGGAAGCAAGACUACAAUACUUUCCAGCAUGACAGCCAGCUUCUUAUGAGCAUCUUCAAUCAGAAGGAUGAGACAUCUAAUUCAUACUACCUGAGAGAGAUCCUCUUUGGUGUCCCCUGGAAAGAGACCGGUAUAAAGAAGUUCUGCGUGCGGAACAGGCAGAGGGUCAUUACUUUUGCCAUCACCAUCGUCCUGAACAAGUGGGAGCCCAGUCUGGUGCACUCCCUUGAAGACAAACUGCACCAGGCGUAUCCAGGUCACUCACACAACUCGUCAUCUAAGGACCGAGAUCAGCAAGAGAUUGUUCAUGUUCAUUUCCAGUACCAGCACACACUGGCUGAAUUUGUGCCUCUGGGCACAAUCUAUGUCAUCCUGUUUCUAUACAUCUACUAUUCCGUCCGCAAAAUAGAGCUGGUGAAGUCCAAGUGGGCGAUAUCUGUGAGUGCAGUUCUCACUGUGGUUAUGUCACUAUUUAUGUCUGUUGGACUCUGCCUUUGGUUUGGCCUGAACCCUACGUUGAAUGGAAGCCCUCUUGUAUCACCACGGUCAUCCUGCCUCCCCAGUGAGAUCCUACCAUACUUAGUUGUUGUCAUUGGCCUGGAGAAUAUGUUGGUACUAACCAAGUCGGUAGUGUCAACUCCAGUGCACGUUGGUGCCAAAGUUCGCCUUGCUCAAGGCCUUAGCAAGGAAGGCUGGUCCAUAACCAAGAACUUGCUCACCGAAUUGCUCCUGCUGACCUUUGCUUUCCUGACCUUUGUUCCAGCGAUUCAGGAAUUCUCAAUGUUUGCAGUCGUCGGUCUGUUGUCGGACUUUUUUCUUCAGAUGGUCUUCUUUGCUACUGUGCUGUCAAUCGACAUCCAACGCAAAGAGAAGUCUGAUUUGAAAAAAGGGAAGUCGGAAGCCUCAAAUUCGUGGACGGAUGAUGAUAAAAACAUCACAAACAAUGAUGGCAGGAGCUCUGUUGGUGUACUGUACAGAUCUCGGCGUUCCGAUGGCAUUCCUGUGAUGCCAUAUGGUGCGGGCCGAGCCAUGUCUAGGGUGUUUGCCACGCCCACAUCUCCGAUUUUGAAGCUGCCGAAACGGCUUCGUUUGGUCUACUUCUGGGCUCGCAUGCGCCUCAUUCAGAGAGGACUCAUGCUGGGCCUGGUUGUCUGGGUUGUGGUACUUAUCCAAAGCAUGGGAAUCUUCACGAAGCUCACCGACAACACAACCAAUUUGGGCCCCAACAUCGCUGACUCAGUGCACCCUUUCAUACAGAUGCUUACUGGCCACAAUAACUCUGAGGAAGCCUUGGAGGAUGCCGUGACAUCGCAGUUAUCAUCAUCGAAGGAGCCUCUGCCCAGCCACCAUGAGAAUGCCAACUUGCACCAUACUAAUGCACGGCUCUGGGAGGAACUGCCAACAAAGCACUGGACCACCCUGUUCGGCUACUACAACAUUUCUGUAGCUGGCAGAUACAUAAGCAUUCUGCCACCCAUCUUCCUGUCCGUGCCAGUACCGGCCAGUAAGGCUGUUGAAAUGCGACAUGCGGAUGACCACAAGACUGUCUUCCAUACUAACUGGCGUAUCAUCCCCAACAUUGAUGCAGAGCAAGAAAAUGCUGUCAACGGCCUGAUGCAUCCGGCAAGCCGUGCCGAAGCUACACUGGUUUUGGCCCUGUCCAUUCCAACUGUUCUCUUCAUCGUGUACCUGUUUGUGACCCUGUACCGAUGCAUGUGCUCACGCAACUAUGCCGAGUGGAGGUCCAGUUGGUCCAACCUGUACCAGUCCCGAGACCCUGACACAUUUCUCGUCAUGGAUACUUACCCCAUCGAACUGCAGGGACACAGCCAGGAAAUUGAGUACAUCAUUACUGAGGACAACACGAUAGUCAGCACUGAUCUUGGAGGUGACGUCAGGAUCUGGGACUCCAAUACUGGAGAGUGCAUCAACAUCCUGAAUAGAAGAAGAAGCAGAUUGAGAAAACCCAAACAAGAGAACUACACACUGCGUGCAAGUGGCAGCUUCUCUUCAGAUUCCACGUAUGGUUCGUCGCCCACAGAUUCCUGCGAUUUCGGCCUCAGCAGCCAGGUUAGCCGAGAGCAUCCACCUGAAUUUUUUGUAGGACAGAGCAGCCCAGCUGGCCUCUCGCCUGGCGUUGCACCCGAGGAUAUUCGCAGCAAGGGAUACGACUUCUCAAGGUUUGUUACACCAUACUUGCAAAUGCCUUCAUCACCACGAGAAGGUGAUGAUCGGGAGUCAGCCAUGCACCAAAUAACGGAGUCACCGAGUGCCGGUGAUGAAUCAUCUCUGGUGACGGCAGGGGGAGGUGAUGCAUCUGGCAGGGGAUCCAAUCACACUGCAGCAGCCAGCGUAGAGUUCCAGCCUAUCUGGUGCAUGGGCUGCUACAGCCAUUGGCUCGUCGUCGGGUGCCAGAAUGGCCGCAUUGAGCUCUGGCACAUGCCUACAGGUCGCCUCUGUGGUGUGUACACAGACAACACGGAUGGAGUAACAGCGGUCACAGUUUCUGGUCACAGAAUCAUCACAUCAAGAAUAAGUGGCAUUCUGGAGUGCUGGCACCUUGAAAUGUAUUGUGAACGGCGAUCAUCUGAUGUGGGAGGAGCUUGGGAGAAUGGAGAUGUUCAAGCCAAGUUGGUGUGGGUGAACAGUGUGCGUGCACACACUCAGCCCAUUUCAGUAGUGUGUGUUGAAGGGGGACAGAUAGUGACUGGCAGCCUGGAUCGCCUGCUUAAGGUGUUUCGCUGUGACACAGCCGUGUGCGUGUAUGCACUUCAUGGUCAUUCGGGAGGCAUCUCUGCCAUUCACGUCGAAAAGCCGGGUGCAUCAACAGCAGUGAGCGGGUGUCAGGAUGGUGUGGUGUGCGUGUGGGACCUGAUGACCGGCACGUGUGCCUACAGCCUAACGGCACACCGUGGGUCCGUCCUUUCACUGCGCACAACUGGUCUCUAUCUGCUCAGCCUGGGAUCAGACUCUCGCCUGCGCAUCUGGGACAAGAGCCAGGGUCAUCUGCUGCACACCCUUUACCAGGCAAACACAUUGUGCAACACAAUGGCGCUUCUCUCAGAGACCAUCGUCAUCACUGCUAAAGAAGAUCACCUUGUGCUGUGGGACAUAAACCAAGGCGAGGCAGUGCAAGUGGUGAUGCUGGGACCGGGUGACUCGGGCGUGGCUGUUCACCAGGUGCACUGUACCUCGGACGCAGUGGUGUGUGACUAUGGCCACAGCCUGUGCGUGGUCUACUUUCCAGCACUGAGCACCAAAUUUGACUGAUAGACUGGAAGAAAAAACCCCUUCGCCAAAGAUCUCGUCAUUAAGCUGGAAACAGCAGACAGUGGCCACAAAAUGUAGACCAGCGUCGACAGGCCACGCUGUCAGCAUGAAAAUCGUAUUCCACCUUUGCACCACGGGCAUCGCCUCAUGGCGGAUGCCAUGGUUGCCUUUUUUUUCCGCCUGUGCGGAGCCAUUAUUGGCAGGCAUGUACUGGGAAGCCAAAAGUCGCAAACUUGCCGAGAACGGCUGCGAAGUGCAGGACAACGCACCAUCCGCAAGAGAACGACAUUGACACCGCUGUGGCCACUGUUGGUGUGUGCCAUGUGGACAACUGCACAGCACACGUUGCCGUCUCGUUAUUUAGUUUUUAUGCUGACAGUGCAGGUUCUGCCUUCCUCACUGUUCCGGUCUCACCUCGUGCUCAUAAACUGGUGCUGUCAGUGUCAUUCUCACAGAUUUCUGCAGUCCUUUGUGAGUGGACCAGGCACUGUCAACCACUGCAUGUGUUGGCCGCCACCAUAGGUAUCACCGUCAUCUUUAUGUAUGUGGCCUAAUGUGGCCCAGUGUCAUCGUUGUGCCGGUGUUUGUCCAUCGUGCAUCUGUGGACAGCAGUGAAAUGAAACUGCACUCGAUGAACGUCGACUGCUCUUGAAAGCACAUCAGAAGCAAAGCUUUCGCCGCAGUUUUUGAGUUGCUUGAAUAACGGCAGAAAAAAAAUUAUGUUUGGUCUCAUGAGUGCUGAUAGUCUUAUAUGAAAGUGACCGGGCAUGUAAGGCAAAGCCUCCAUUUCAUUUCAGGGUUUGUUGAGGUGUCGCAUAACGCAAGACUGCAGCUCAUUGUGUUAAACACCGGUGCUGCCAUGUCAAGCCUCAGUGAGAGUUGUGCAAAUUAGUGACUUGCCUGAAACUGGAAGUGUGCUGUUGUGGAGUUUGGAAAACUCAAGCCUACCGCAGAAGCAGCGGAGAUACUGCUUUGGGCAUUCUACAGCUCGUUUAAUUAAUACUUAACGGUUAUUUCAUCACAUCUUUCUUUUUUUUUUCUCCCUUGGGGUGGUUCAGUUCCUUCGCAGACUCUGUGUGCCGAGUGCUUCUUAUGAGAAGACUAGCGUGCACUAGAUUACACAAGUAGCAUUUGCAUGCUGCAGCUACCAUUUACCAGGGACCUUGUUUUUAAAUGCAUUUGUGUACUUGUUUAGAAUUUAGUGUGCUGGUAUGACCAACUUAUUUAUUACUCCUUCUCACUUUCACUUUGUUGUUUUUAG